GAAAGAUUAGACGGAAAUGGGGGAAAACUGGGACCCCAGGGUGGUAGUGUCCAUUGGGAUGAGGUGAGCAAUCAGAAGAGGACCCCGGAUGGGCAGAGAGGGCGGCAACGGGAAAGAGGGACAGAGCAAGGCAGGGCUGGGCGGUCUUAUGGAAUGAACUGAGGCUGGUGUCUGCCCAUGGCCACUCCCUGGAUCCUUAGGCUCUCAAUGGGGACCUUUGCCCCACCACACCCGGCCCUGACAGCCUGUCUCUGCCAAAACAAGUUUGUCGUCGUCUGCUCUGAGCUACCGGACCCUGCCAGGAGCUCCAGGCUUGGCUGGGUCCCAUCCCUUUGGAGUAGCACCUUCAGACUAGCCUAGGAAGCACUGAACUCCAGUGAUCAAGGGAGCCAUGGAGGAGAAAGCUGCUCAGUGGGAGCAGAAGAGACCCAAGCUUCGUCUGGAAAAACUACAGCACUGGGCAAGGCACAGGCAGAGUGGGCACCUCUUGGUGCUGGCGGUGAGUCAGCUAUGGCUGGCAGUGGGCGUGGUGCCCUUUGCUGUCUCCGUUGCCUGCCUGAACUCUGCUUGUCACAUGGCCACAGCACUGCCACUUGGGCCUGGAGCAUUGGGUCUCCUCACUGGGAUUGUCACCCUUGAGCUGCGCAGAGCACCCCGCCUCUGGAAGGUGCAGGCCAUGAUGAUACUCAACAUCUUCAGUCUGAUCUUGGGCUUUAUCGUGGUGGUGGUCGAGGUGAUGAAGACAGCCUUGGGGCCUGCCCCAGCUGCCCCUUCCCAGCUGGCUGGCUUGCUGGUGGUGGAGCUCAGCACUGAGGCCUUCACCCUAGGGGGAGUGCUGGUCUCUGCAUACUCGCUAUUCCUGCUGAGCCAGAGGAAGCCAGGAUGCUGCAGGAGCCAGAGUCUGCACUACCAGGAGCUCGAGGAGGUAUUCAGGGCAUGGAGGAAAGUAUGGAGCAGUGAGCUAGCAGCUGAUUUUUUUACUGGCUAUUGUGGUCAGUGGCACUUAAGAGAAAAUAAUGGGAUUAGUGGGGGCGGAGGGAGAGAAGGGGUCGUAGCGGAAACUGGUUUUCUGGUUUUAGACAUUUCUUCGGUAGUGUUGAGUAAGAGGGAACUGGGUAUCUAAAUGGCUGAGACUAAAAAUGCGGGAGAGCAUUAGGAAGCUGCCUAAAUAUCGGAUGAACUAUGGGAACAAGAAAAAAUGGAAGAAAAGGAGGAAGUUGUUUCUGUCUGGGAUUCCUCCUUUCUCACCCCUACAGUUUGCUCCCCUCACAACUGUCUGGCUUUUAGGGUCUCUCUGAGUUGGAGGAAGUUGCUGCCUUGGAGAAUGGUCCUACAGUGGCUAGCACAGCAAAUGCAACAAAUGAGUGAGCUGGCAAGCGGAGGCAGACAAGUCCUGCUCCACUAACCCGAUAGGAGCGUUCUCCAGACCCUCCUGCCCCCACUCCACAGAACUCAGAAGCUAGAUGGAGUCCUCUGAGACCUACAUGAAGUCCGGAGGAGCGCCUUCAGUUUUCAUGCAGACUAGGCCCCUUGCUCUUCCCUUCCCCGCUACCCCUAGCUAUACCUGAACCAGAGUCUUCCCUCGCCUCAUUGCCCUGGAAAGCUGCCCUCCUGCAGGACAUCCUUAAACCAACUUUCAGCUGUACCCCCUUCCUCCCUUCCAUCCUUCCCCUCCCUACCCGUCGCCUCCCCAUACAGCUUCACAUCUGCCUCAUCUCACUUAUUUCUCUUCUUUCCACCUUUCACAAGCCCAUCCGCUCCAAGCCCGGGGUCCCGUACAAGCCCAUUCUCGGCAAUCAAUUCACGGGUGCUUUAGUUUUUCCUCCCUUCGAUCCGGUUCCUGUCUACUCUAGCGAAGACUACAAGUCCCGGGCUGCCCCCGCUGCCCCGUGGCCUGAUGGGAAAUAAAGAGCCUUCCCUCCGGGAUGGGGGCGCUGUGCAUCGGCUGAGUGACGCGAGGCGCUGGAAGUCGGGGCCUAGCCGAGAGUUUCCUCGGACGCGACCACUGGCCCCGCGUGCGGGGAGGCGCCAGGCGGGUUAUCCUGCGCGGGGGCGCCGCCGCCCCACCCACGGCAACGAGAGCUGACUGUGGGGCCACGGGCCUCCCUCUGGCAGCUUCGGGGACGGGCACGGGCUGGGGGCUGGCCCUCGGCAGGGCUGGGUUUCCCAAAUGCUGCCGCCGCGCCCCCCCACCCACCCCCAGAGCCCAAAUCCAAAGUCCUGAGACUUGGAGCGCGCGCGAGAAAGGGGUUGGAGAUGAUGAGUCAGAAGCCCGGGGCCCUUGUCGUCCCCCUCCCUCGGGGCCCAGGUGCCGGACGAGGACAGGCUCGCUGGGCAGACGGGUGGACCGGGCAGGAAGAGGAGGGGACGCGGCGACCCGAGCUAAGACUUUCCCGCCUCUUGCGAGCACGCCGGUGUAACGAGCCCGCGUUGCCGCCACCCUUUCUCUCCAAGGCGGGAGCGGGACUGCGCAGGCUCAGCCUCUCGGCUGCGCCGCCGACCCUUGAUCCCGGCUGCCGUCUGGUCCUGAAGCUCUGGUUGGGCUCAACCCCCACUGUUUAUGACCUUUGCACGUGUGCAAAGAUGACAAGCUCGAGUGGGCUUGCGAAAAGCCCAGGAAAACUGGGAGACCCAGUAGCACCAGCCGGGCAGCUUACUAGCCGCUAGAGAAACUAGAAAUUGACCACAGCUGGAGUACUAAGAGAACUCACCCCAAAUUCACAUAGUGCCCGGGAUGGGUGUGCGCCUCACACUCAUUUUUGUUCCCACUUGAGAAGGCUUCUUUCCCUAGAGAAUGCUGCUUCUCCGGACUUAGCCAAGCCCAGGCAUCAGUGAGGAAAGAGCGCAGCCUGGCUGCCUUGCCCUGACAUUGCAGUGGUGCCCGCGGGAGAGCUCCUGUUUGUGACACCUUGGGAGUGGUAAUAGUCGCCCUAUGACAAAGUUGUGUGAGUACUAGUGGGUGGAGACAGUUGUGGAAUUAGACUCUUGAAUAGAGAAAACAAGAUCUGGGCCUCCCCCUUCUCCUCCCAGUCUAACUGCCGGAGGAAUAAUGCAGAGCUUCUGUGUGCAAGACUCGGAAAAUAAUUUUCUUCAAAGUGAGAAGAUGGUGGUGGAUAAGGAAAUGGGGGUAAAAAAAAAAAUCAACAAUUCACUCUGUCUUCUAGAUAGGAUCAACAGCUUUUAGUGAUAUGAUCAGAAAUCUAAGAAUUGCAUUCUAGUUCUUGGAGUUCAGUGACCCUACAAAUGAACCUUAUCAGUCAGGUUAGGUUAGGCUAUGCUUUGUAACAAUGCCCAAAUCUUUUUUUUACCCCCUUAAGUAAGCUCUGUGACCCACAUGGGGAUUGAACCCACAACUCUGAGAUUAAGAGUCACAUGCUCUACCUACUAAGCCAGCCAGGCCCCCCCAACAAUGCCCAAAUCUUAAUGGCUUUAAACCACACAUGUUGGUCUCAGCAGUACAUGUCUAGUCUGGCAGUGGGCUUUGCUCAUUGUAAGUUACUCAGGAACCCAAGCUGAUGGAGCUCCACCAUUUUGAGAUCCUACCUAAAUCACCAUGAGGCUUAGAGUCCCCACCCCCCACUCCUGUGUGAAGUAAGCAUGAAUUGUUCAUGAGCUCUUCCAUGCUUCUGCCUCAACAGAACACAUAGCACUUUCAUUGGCCAAAGCAAGUCAUAUAGCCACACCCAACUUCAGGACCGCUAGAAGGGCAAUCUUUUCAAAUGACUAGAAGAAGGGAAGCAGAAAUAUUAAAAGAAAAAAUGUUAAUCAUUUGUGGUGAUUCUUGAAAAGUUUAGUAAUUGGAACUCAUCUUUUCCAGCAUUUAUGCCCAUAUCUACCUCUUCGGUUUUCCCUGAACCACUAAAUGCAGUUGUUAAUAGAAACUUUUCCAGGGGCACCUGGGUGGCUCUGUUUGGUUAAGGGUGUGCUUUUGGCUCAGGUCAUGAUCCCAGGGUCCUGCGAUGGAGUCGCGCGUCCGGGCUCCCUGCGAGGUGGGGAGUCUGCUUCUCCCUCUCCCUCUGCCCCUCCCCCUGCUCAUGUGCUUGUUCUCUCUCUCACUCUCUCUCAAAUAAAUAAAUAAAGUCUUAAAAAAAAGAAACUUUUCCUUGAAAAAUAAUAGGACUAGGAGUUGGGAAAUUCAGAUUCUGGUUUUGUUGUGUAGGUUUGGGCAAGUCAGCCUCUCUGAAGUAGAUUUUGCUUACAUGGAGAUUAUAAUCAUAGUAUUUAUCCUCUCUACUUUACUGGAGUACCCGGCUAAAAUAAAAUCAUACAUGGGAAAAUACUUUGAAACUCUAAGGCCACUUCAGAAGUUGAAAAUAAAUUGCUUACAGAGAUGAGGAGUAGUGUAAAUGAGUGAAACAGAUUGGGUGUGAUGUAACAGGGACUGGUGGGAACUGUGGGAAGCUAGAGCACACACAUUCUACUUCAAGACUUUACCCCCACUCAACUCCACCCAGUUAUUGCCAUGUGGGACUGUGGGCCUGGUAUUGGCAUAGUUCCAAUUUUCCUAGACAAGUCAGAAAUUCUGACUUUUUAAUUAAUUAUUUUUAAAUUUUAUUCAUUUGAGAGAGCAUGAGCUGGGCGAUGGGGGGGAGGGGGGAGUGGAGAGGGGCAGAGGGAGAGGGAAAAGAGACUUCCCCACCAAGCAGGGAGUCCCAUGUGGCUCAGUCCCAGGACCCUGAGACCAUAAUCUGAGCUGAAGGCAGACACCUAACUGACUGAGCCACUCAGGGACCUCAGAAAUUCUGACUUUUUAAAUGUGAACUCUUCUGAUUUUAAAAUGUUGAGAACAAAUUUUUCUUAAACUGUGGACCACAUUCAGCCUGUCGCCCUUCAAUUAUAAUCUCUUCCUAUUCAAACAUAUGAUAGGAAUUCAGGUUUUGAGUGUGCAAUACCUCUUGUAGGCCUUUGAGGCCUCUCUUGAAAUCCAAGAGUCUUAGAGAGGUUUAACAUUACGAACUUAACCUUUUUUUUAAAUCAGUAUCUCUCUAUGGCAUUGAUUCUCAGGGAGGGGUAUUUUGCCCACUAAGGGUUAUUUGGCAACGUCUAGAGAUAUUUUGGCUUGUAACAACUGGGUGUUGGGGGUGGGGUUUAUAAUGGAAGGAGCAUUAGAUGAUUAGAUGACAAGUCAGAAGAUCAGAGAUUAAGUCCCAGGGCUACUAAUGCCCCUUCACUAUGCAUCGUCCUCCCCCAGCUGCGAGUGAAGGUUGUCUGACACGUCCUGUGAUCUUCAUUAUCUGCCCCCGCCCCUGCCUACUGCCCGAGUCCCUGGACGCUCCGUGAAAGCAUUCUGCUCUGCUGCGUGGCUUCCCAGCAACCACCCUUAUCUGCCCCUUCAUCAGUUUGGCAGCCUCUGUGGAAGUCACUCGUAUUAUACUUGAAUUACGGCCUAUUGGAACUUCACAGAAAGAAGUGACUGUGACAAGGUUCCUGCUGACGUCAGUUUUUCAAGGCCUUGACCCCUAUCGCUUGCUUUAAGCCCUGGAGAAAUAUCCGAUUCAUACGUGGCUUCAUGUGCCGCUGAAUUCUGUGGUGGUUGGGAAAUUCUCCAUGCUGAUGAAUUUUGCCCUCAUUUCUUUGAAAUUUAUUCUGGCCUUGAAUACAAGAUUAUAGGCAACUGACCAUAUAUCUCCCUAAUGAAAGAUCUGCUUUUGCCAAUGGUUCAGGGUUUCUGUCCUGGGCUGUGUCCUCUGCUGCCAUCUCGUGGCCUCUCGGCUGCCCCGGUGGAGGUCUCACAAAGAGCCUUUCCACCAGGGAACGGCGUGAGGCAGUGGUUCAGGUGGAGAAGCUCUGCACGCUGCGGCCGCUGCCCAAAUGCCUCCCCUGCAGUGGUUCCACCGGGGCCGAGGCGCACGCCGCGUGGCGCGGACCCCGGCCGCGGCCGGCAGGCGGGAGGCGCGGGGACCCCUCCGCGUCGCCCUGGUGGGCCUCUGUCGUGCGGGCCCGGACUUGAGCCACCGACGUCAGUAAACCCAAGGAUCCAGGAGUAUUCGGAGCCUGGUUGGCCUGCAGCCUCUUGCCAGUGCCACCCAGGCCUGGGAUGUUCUUCAUCUCAGCGAGAAGAGAUUCGCUUGUUGGACUUCUGGAUUUCUUUUUCUUGUGUAGGCCCAUUUUGCGUUGCUUUGUGUCCACGGCCUUCAUCUUGGCUUGCCCAGCCCAUGCUUCCUCAAGUUUGAUACUUGGUUUUUGGUUUUGUUUUUUUUUUUUUUUUUUGAAGAUUUUAUUCAUUAUUUGAGAGAGAGAGAGACAGAGCACGAAUGGGGGAGGGGGGGCACAGAGGGAGAAGCAGGCUCCUCGCUGAGCAGGAAGUCCCAUCCGGGUCUGGAUCCCAGGACCCCGGAAUCAUGACCCGAGCUGAAGUCAGAUGCUUAACAGAUUGAGCCACCCAGGCGCCCUCAAGUUCAAUAUUUGAUUGAUGGGUUGAGCAGGACAGUUGCCAGUGUGCUCCCGGUGAGGCCAUGUUUCCUAUAAAUACGACAGGAUCUGUGCACUGUACUGACCAGAGGUCCCUCUCCAGGGUACAGGGAAUCUGGGCUACUGGUGACUGAGCAGUCACUCCGCAAGAGGGGAAGGCAGAAGACAUUUUCAGUUGGUGCUAAUUUUUUUUCGUUAUACUACUGUGUUAAAAACCUUCUAGUUGCCAAAGCAAAUUUGUAGAACUGUCCCUUAGUUGUUAGCCCCUCCCAUAUACUUUCCAUAUGCUCACCAUUUUAUGGAGAGCACUGAUUGUACCACAACCCCAUUACCCCGAACCCCAGAAGAGGAGGAGGACUAGGAGGAGGAAAGAGGAGGAGGAGAAACCACCACCCUUGAUGUUUAUUUUAACCAGCUUUUCCCUGCAUAAAAAUUGGGCGGGGUGGGGGGGGAGUUGCCUGGGUGGCUCAGUCAGUUAAGCAUCUGCCUUGGGCUUGGGUCAUGAUCUCAGGGUCCUGGGAUUGAGCCCCGCCUAGGGCUCCCUGUUCAGUGAGGGGUCUGCUUCUCCCUCUGCUUCUGCCCCGCCCCGCC